CACAAAAAACCUUCAAAAUUCACAAAUUAAAAUUGAACAUGAUAGGUUGGGAUGAUAUAUACAAGGUGGUGGUUGGGAUGAUGCCACUUUAUGUAGCACUUAUUUUAGGCUAUGGUUCAGUAAAAUGGUGGCACAUGUUUAAGCCAGAACAAUGUGACACCAUUAAUAGAUUCAAUUGCUUUUUCAUCCUCCCAUUUUUCAAUUUCCAAUUCAUAGCUAAUAUCAACCCUUACAACCUCAAUUACCUUUUUCUAACCGGUGACGUAAUUGCUAAAGCCUUAGUGAUUCUGAUCCUCGUCUUAUGGGCUAACUUUUAUAGAAAAGGGAGUUUUUCUUGGGGUAUAACAACUUUUUCUUUGUCCACUUUGAAUAACACACUUGUUGUUGGUGUCCCAUUAAUGAAGGCUAUGUAUGGGGAUUUAGGUGUUGAUCUUGUUGUUCAAGCAGCUGUGAUUCAAGCUUUGUUGUGGUUAACUUCAUUGUUAUUUGCACUUGAGUUUUGGAAAACAAAAAUGAAUAAUAAUAUUAAUGGAAUUGCUAAUAAUAAUUCUGUUGAAUUGGGAAAUAUUAAUACUACUACACAAAUGAGGAAUAUUAAUAAUGCUGAGCUGGCAUUUUGGCCUUUGAUGAAAGCUGUUUCUACUAAACUUGCUAAGAAUCCAAAUUCUUAUGCUUGUUUUCUUGGUCUCUUUUGGGCUCUUGUAGCUAGCAGGUGGCAUUUUAGAAUGCCAAGCAUAAUAGAGGGAUCCAUUUUGAUAAUGUCAAAGGCUGGUAGUGGAGUAGCCAUGUUUAGUAUGGGAUUAUUCAUGGCUUUGCAAGGGAAAAUAAUUGCAUGUGGAGCUGCAUUGACAAUUUAUGCAAUGAUUUUGAGAUUUGUUGUUGGACCAGCAACAAUGGCACUUGGUUGUGUUGUAUUGGGCUUGAGAGGAAAUGUUUUACGUAUCGCGAUUAUUCAGGCUGCAUUACCCCAAGCAGUGACAUCUUUCGUAUAUGCUCAAGAAUAUGGACUUCAUGCUGAUGUACUUAGCACUGCGGUGAUUGUUGGCACCAUAAUUUCGUUACCUCUAUUGAUAGCAUAUUAUGCAAUUUUGGAUAUUAUGCCUUAAGAUCCGACCAUGAACUAACUAGCUAGACGCUAGUAAGUGAUCGUGGGACAUCCGAUAAAAUUAGAACGAUAUAACCAAAAGCUAGUAAGAAUGUUACUAAUUAAUGGGUACAACUUUGCUUGUAAUUGUAAAUUUGUAACAAUUUUUGUUAUCUAUUUAUGAUUUCAUUCUAGAA